AGUCUCGGAUGCCAUGGAAACAGAGACCGUGUCGAAGGUCUUGGGUGUUGUCCUGAACGGGGAGGCCUGUAUAUUCCUAUGAUGUGUGGGGACUGCAUGCCACCUUAAAUAGAUCAAAGGAUGAUGACGGCUUUCUAUUGGCUGAUAAUUCAUGUACCGAUUUCAGCUAAAUGAACGGCUACAGAUCAUCCAAAAUGUUGUGGUGCUGGAGAAUGAAUGGAGAGGUUUGUGUUACAAUAUACAUGGGAGAGGGUUCCAGUUGCACUACUAUGCCGUUCCUGCUAGUGAAUGGGAGCAAAAACAAGCAUCGAAUCCGAUAAGAUCCAAUGCAAACCGGACACUUCCUUCGACGCGAUGGACGUACUCCGUGUGUUCCGUUGUGGCCGGCGGAAGGAUGGAUUAGAGCGUCAGGCGGGUGCGACGCGUCGAGCAGUUGGUGCGCAAGCAGCAAUUAGCUUGCUAAGUGGGUUGGGCAUUUCCGCGAACGCCCUCUCAGCUACCAACGCGGGACAGCCUGUGCACGUUGUUGCGUGAUGCUAUGCUUGGGAUGAUCGAAGGCCGCCAGCACUACAGUCGAAGUAAACAAACUAAAUCGUUCAGAUUCCAGCUUUGCUGUCAGUUAUCUUUUCCCUUCUCCCGUCUCUUCUCCUUCGUCUUCCCCUACUUCUGCUCUCCUCGCGUUGGCCAGCCAAAACAGGGGCGCUUCCCUUCUACUUCGAGCAUCGAACUCGGUUGACCACGAGCGGGCGAGGGAGGGAACGACGCCCCCCAUGUUGGUUGGACUUUAAAGACCGCGGCUUUUGUCGAACACCGAAGGCAGUUUUGCGCCUAUUUAAUCUGUUGGAACAGAGGGACCUGCUUGACCUAAACGCAGGUAGGCGAAGGGGAUUAGAGAAAGGGAGGCCAGGGGAGACGUAUCCGCGGCCCCUCUCCGGAUCGGAUCGCCUCUCUCCCUAUCUAUUUUUGGAUCAAAUCUUGUUAGAUCUUAAGCAAAAGGAUCGACGAUGGAGGGAGGAGGAGCGGCGGGGGCGGGGCCAGGCGGCCGUGAUCAGGCUUCGUCGCCGCCGCAUCGGCGGGAGAGCCGGCGGCUUCCGGACUUCUUGCAGAGCGUCAACCUCAAGUACGUGAAGCUGGGUUACCAUUACCUCAUCACCCACCUCCUGACCCUGCUGCUGAUCCCGCUGAUGGUGGUGAUCCUCCUAGAGGCGGCGCAGACGGACCCCAACGACCUCCGCCAACUGUGGCUCCACCUCCAGUACAACCUCGUCAGCGUACUGGUCUGCUCCGCCUUCCUCGUCUUCGGCACCACCGUCUACAUCAUGACGGGGCCUCGCCCUGUGUACCUCGUCGACUAUGCGUGCUACCGCCCCCCGCCCAACCUCCGGGCGCCCUUCCCCCGCUUCAUGAAGCACUCGCAGCUCUGCGGAGAGUUCAACGAGUCCGCGCUCGAGUUCCAGCGCCGGAUCCUCGAGCGUUCCGGCCUCGGUCAGGAGACGUACCUGCCCAGCGCCCUACACUAUCUUCCGCCCCGCCCCUCCAUGGCCUCUGCCCGCGAGGAGGCCGAGGAGGUCAUGUUCGGCGCUCUCGACGCCCUCUUCAGGAACACCGGCGUUAAGCCCAAGGACAUCGGCAUCCUCGUCGUCAAUUGCAGCCUCUUCAACCCCACCCCGUCCCUCUCCGCCAUGAUCGUCAACCGCUACAAGUUCCGUGGCAACAUCAAGAGCUUCAAUCUCGGUGGGAUGGGCUGCAGCGCCGGCGUCAUCUCCAUCGAUCUCGCGCGGGACCUCCUCCAGAUCCACCGCUCCACCUACGCGGUCGUUGUAAGCACUGAGAACAUCACCCAGAACUGGUACUUCGGCAACCGCAAGUCGAUGCUCAUCCCCAAUUGCCUGUUCCGAGUCGGCGCCGCCGCCAUGUUGCUCUCCAAUCGCUCGGCGGAUCGCUGGCGCUCCAAGUACAAGCUAGUCCACGUCGUUCGCACCCACAGUGGCGCCGAUGACAGGGCCUUUCGCUGCGUGUACCAGGAGCAAGACGACGCUGGCAAAGUGGGUGUGUCCCUCUCCAAGGACCUCAUGGCCAUUGCCGGGGAGGCGCUUAAGAUCAACAUCACCACCCUUGGUCCCCUCGUCCUUCCAAUCAGCGAACAGCUCCUCUUCUUUGCGACUCUCGUGGCCAAGAAGCUCUUCAAUGGCAAGGUGAAGCCCUAUAUCCCAGACUUCAAGCUUGCCUUUGAACAUUUCUGCAUCCACGCUGGGGGAAGGGCCGUCAUCGAUGAGCUAGAGAAGAAUCUGCAGCUCCGGCCAGACCAUGUGGAGGCUUCCCGGAUGACCCUGCACCGGUUUGGCAACACGUCCUCCAGCUCCAUCUGGUAUGAGCUUGCUUACACUGAGGCAAAGGGGCGGAUGCGGAAGGGCCACCGGGUUUGGCAGAUUGCCUUCGGGAGUGGCUUCAAGUGCAAUAGUGCUGUGUGGCAGGCGCUUUGCAAUGUGAAGCCCUCUCCAGAUGGUCCAUGGGAGGAUUGCAUCCAUAGGUACCCUGUGGAAAUUGUUGAUGGGUUUCCUCCUCAGCCGCCACAUGAGCAAUAGUGGCUCUGCGAGAAACUUGGCAAAAGGCAGAGUGCAAUCUGGUUAGGCAGUUCCUUUGACAAAAUGUCAGGUUAUUUUUCACUUAGGUCUCAUUGAUACAUUGUUUACUGUGUCAUUUGAUCAUGGAAACCAUGAGGUCAGUUGUUUCUUGGUACUGUCUUUAGUGUCUAUCUGCAAGCACUACAACAGAUGAAUUUCUAUUCUUGCACGUCAAUAUUGUGAAAGCUAAAGGUGCUAUGCUCUCCUAUGCUAUUUGAUUC